UCUCAAAGCCGAAGUUAGACUACUACAAAGUGUUGAACUCCUAUUGGAUAAUCGUAUAUUUUACUUCUAAAGAAUGCUAGGGUUGAGUAGGUUGCUAGGUGUCAAGACGGUGUUGUAUAAAGGGACCAGGGGGGUGUCUGGUUGGGACAAAUUAGAGUUUGACAAAAUUGUGGUUGGAGCAGGUUCUGCAGGCUGUGUUCUAUCUAAUAGAUUAACUGAGGAUGAAAACACUAAAGUUCUCCUGGUGGAAGCUGGACCUAAAGAUACAAUUCUUGGGAGUAAAAUGUUGCAGUGGAAGAUCCAUAUGCCUGCAGCUCUAACCUACAAUCUUUGCAAUGACAAGUACAACUGGUAUUACAAUACUCUACCCCAGGAGCAUGCUAAUAACAGAGUUAUGUACUGGCCAAGGAAAUAUUUUAUUCGUAUUUGUACAAUUAACAUAAAUAUUACAUACUCAAAAAGGUGGGAGGCUGAGGGUGCAGAGGGGUGGAGUUAUGAAAAUUGUCUACCUUACUUCAAAAAAGCACAAAGUCAUGAGUAUGGAGAAGAUGAGUAUAGAGGUGGAGGUGGACCUCUACAUGUUUCAAGAGGAACUAGUGGUAAUCCUCUUCAUCAAGCUUGGCUUCAGGCUGGGCAAGAGGCUGGAUAUCCAUUUACUGAUGAUAUGAAUGGAUACCAACAAGAGGGGGUUGGAUAUAUGGAUGCAACAAUUUAUAAAGGACAACGGUGGAGUGCUGCAGCAGCAUAUCUGUACCCUGCCUUGAAAAGACAGAAUCUAUCAACCCUGACCAAUGUUCUCGUCACCAAAGUUAUAUUUGAGGGCAAGAAAGCUGUCGGAGUAGAACUUAUUGAAAAAGGAAAAACCAAGAGAAUAAGAGGAGGUGAGAUAAUAUUGAGUGGUGGAGCUAUCAAUUCUCCUCAAUUGCUUAUGCUUAGUGGUGUAGGCAAUUCAGAAGAUCUAAAAAAGGUUGGAGUAGAUGUAGUUCAUGAUCUACCUGGAGUUGGAUAUAAUCUUCAAGACCAUUUAGAGAUGUAUGUAGCCCAGUGCUGUAGUAAACCUGUAACCCUGUACUCGGAUCAGAAAGGGUUAAAAAUGAUAAAAGUUGGUUUACAGUGGUUUUUUAAUCAAACAGGAUCAGCUGCUACUGCUCAUCUUGAAUCUGGUGGAUUUAUCCGUAGUCGAGCGGGAGUACCCCACCCGGAUAUACAGAUUCAUUUCCUACCUUCUCAAGUUAUAGACCACGGCAGGAAACCUCCAUACCUAGAAGCAUUUCAGGUCCAUGUAGGUCCAAUGAGAGCAACAUCUCGAGGAUGGUUAAAACUUGCUUCAAAUGAUCCAAGAGCUCAUCCUCUUAUACAACCUAAUUAUCUUCAGACUGAACAGGACAGGUGGGAGAUGAGACAGUGUGUUCAUCUUAUGAGAGAAAUAUUUGCUGAACCAGCCUUUGAUCAAUACAGGGGUCCUGAGCUUGCUCCUGGUUCUGAUGUAAAGAGUGAUAAACAAAUUGAUGCUUUUGUUAGGGAUAAAUGUGACAGUGCCUACCACCCUUCUUGCACCUGUAAGAUGGGGGAUACUUCAGACAACAUGGCUGUAGUGGACUCACAGACUAGAGUCAUAGGCCUUGAUAACAUCAGAGUUAUUGAUUCAAGUAUCAUGCCUAGUGUCGUAUCAGGUAACCUGAACGCUCCAACCAUCAUGCUCGCAGAGAAAGCAGCUGAUAUAUUGCUCGGUAGAGCCCCGCUACCACCGGCUACAGGAAUACCGGUUUAUGAACCGGAUUUAUCUAAACAAAGAUAAAUGAACUAAUGAAUGAGCAUUACACUUUUGACAGAACUAAACUUAAUUACUUUUUCUCUAUUCUAAAUUGAAUUUUAAGAAGUUUCAAAAAUUUCUUUGGUCCAAAAUAACUUUCUGAAAUAAUUGUUCUACAAAACAUAUGCUGCUCUCACGCUUAACAACCCCGAUCUUUGCCAAUUACUCUCUUUAAACUUUCUGAAGAGCAGAUCAACAGCUGUUAAACGUUAAAGAACAACCAAAGCUUGUUUUUUUUAAUUCAAAAGUUCUUGGCUUUCACCUUGGACCAGCAAGGCUUUUAGAUUCAUUUGGAUUCUUCAAUUUAAUCUUGUGAUGAAUAAUUUACAAUAUUUUAAUUUUGUUGUUUUUUUAAUACUUUUGCAUCCCCCGGCUAAAAAUUAAAAGAGAAAAAAUGAAAAAUUUAUGUAGAAUUGGUCAAAAUGUGAUUGAAAGUUACAAGACGAGUAACAAACCGUUAAAUCUGUGUGCACAGGAUCAAAUUUGUCCAGGAGCAGGAGGGGCUCACAUUUUUUUUCAAGGGGGGUGGGUGGUCUCACCACCUAAUGGGACCUGAACAACCAUUGGAAACCAUAGAUUUUAUUCGUUCAUUUAUAUUUUAAACUUUUGUGUUUCCUUUGCUCUAAACUUAAGUGUUAAAGUUUUGGAAACUUAGCAUUGAUUUCUGUGAAGUCAAAAUAUUUGUAUCAUCCUUUUACGAUGCAUUUAUACUUACAUAUUUAUACACCCUAUAUUUUAUGUGUUUCGUUUAUUGUUUAAUAAACAUUAAUAAACAAAUCUU